GCGGCGAGAGUCGGUGCAGUAUCACUCCGCGGGCCACCAGCUCCUCCGCGCCAUGUCUGACGAGAAGAAGGACUUGGAUGGGGUGGGCCUGGAGAUCGAGGCUCCAGGUGUCUCCCGCGGGCCCAUCACGAUGCCGAACCUGCCCAAGCCGCUCACCCUGGAGGAGAAGAAGUACCUGCUGGCCGUCGAGCGGGGAGACCUCGCCAACGUCAGGAGGAUGAUCCAGAAGGCACACCGCCGGAACCACAUCAACCUGAACUGCGUGGACCCACUGGGGCGUGGCGCCCUCACACUCGCCAUCGACGCUGAGAACUUGGAGAUGGUGGAGCUACUGGUGGUGAUGAACGUGCAGACCAAAGACGCGCUCCUCCACGCCAUCAAUGCCGAGUUUGUGGAGGCCGUGGAGCUUCUGUUGGAGCAUGAGGAAAUCAUCCACAAGGAGGGCGAGCCCUAUAGCUGGCAGAAGGUGGACUGGAACACCGCGACCUUCACCUCGGACAUCACCCCUCUCGUGCUGGCGGCCCACAAGAACAACUACGAGAUAAUUAAGAUCCUGCUGGACCGGGGCGCCACCCUCCCCAUGCCCCACGACAUCAAGUGCGGCUGUGACGAGUGCCUCCGGGAGUCCCAGGAGGACUCGUUGAGGUUCAGCAUGUCGCGCGUGAACGAGUACCGAGCCCUGGCCAGCCCCUCGCUGAUAGCGCUCUCCUCCAACGACCCCAUCCUCACGGCCUUCCAGCUGUCCUGGGAGCUGAGGAACCUCGCCUUCGCCGAGCAGGAGUGCAAGAGCGACUACAUGGAGCUGCGCCGGCAGUGCCAGCAGUUCGCGGUGGACCUGCUGCACCAGACACGCAGCUCCCAGGAGCUCGCCAUCAUCCUCAACCACGACCCCGACAGCUCGUACGAGGAGGGCGAGCCCAUGAAGCUGACCCGGCUCGAGCUCGCCAUCAACUACAAGCAAAAGAAGUUCGUGGCGCACCCCAACAUACAGCAGCUGCUGGCGGCCAUCUGGUACGAGGGCCUGCCCGGCUUCCGGCGCAAGCCCAUGCUGAAGAAGCUGACGGACAUCUGCAGCGUGGCCCUGCUGUUCCCCUUCUACUGCCUGCUGUACAUGGUCGCCCCCAACACCUCCACCGGCAAGCUCAUGAGGAAGCCCUUCAUGAAGUUCCUCAUACACGCCUCCUCCUACCUCUUCUUUCUGCUGCUGCUGAUCCUGGUGUCCCAGAGAGCGGAGGUGCACUUCAUACAGCUGUUCGGGUCGGAAGGCAUGAACACGGCCUUACAAGAACAGCUCAUGAAGCAGAGAGGCAACGGACCGUCCUUCCUGGAGUGGGUCGUGGUCAUAUACGUCCUCGGGUUCAUAUGGGAAGAGACGUCCGAGAUCAUGGUGGAGGGCGUGCGCAGCUACCUGCGCAACAUGUGGAACUUCAUCGACUUCAUGCGCAACUCCCUGUACGUGGCGGUGAUGCUGCUGCGUGUCGCCGCCUUCAUCCAGCAGACCCAGGAGGUGUCCCUGGAUCCGACCACGGCCUUCAUCCCGCGCGAGCAGUGGGACGACUUCGACCCGCAGCUCAUCGCCGAGGGCCUGUUCGCCGCCGCCAAUGUCUUCAGCGCCCUGAAGUUGGUACACAUGUUCUCCAUUAACCCGCACCUGGGACCCCUGCAGAUCUCUUUGGGAAGGAUGGUCAUUGACAUCGUCAAGUUCUUCUUCAUUUACAGUCUUGUGCUUUUCGCCUUCGCCUGCGGUCUGAACCAGCUGCUGUGGUACUUCGCGGACUUAGAGCGGCGCAAGUGCUACCACCUGCCGGGCGACCUGCCCGACUGGGAGGGCAACGGCGAUGCCUGCAUGAAGUGGCGCCGCUUCGGCAACCUGUUCGAGUCGUCGCAGUCGCUGUUCUGGGCCAGCUUCGGCGGCAUCGGCAUCGACAGCUUCGAGCUGACGGGCAUAAAGUCGUACACGCGCUUCUGGGGACUGCUCAUGUUCGGCUCGUACUCGGUCAUCAACGUGAUCGUGCUGCUCAACCUGCUCAUCGCCAUGAUGUCCAACUCGUAUGCCAUGAUCGACGAGCACUCGGACACGGAGUGGAAGUUCGCCCGCACCAAGCUGUGGAUGAGCUACUUCGAGGAGAGCGCCACGCUCCCGCCGCCCUUCAACAUCUUCCCCACCGUGAAGCACUUCAUGAAGCUGCUGGGCGUGAGGAACAAGGACAAGAUGCAGCGACAGUCCACAAUCCGCAAGGAGAGGAAGGAGAAGGAGCGAGACUACCGCUACGCCGCAGUGAUACGCUCACUCGUGUGGCGCUACGUGUCGGCCAAGCAGCGGCAGGCGGACGAGAGCGCAGUCACGGAGGACGACAUCAACGAGGUGAAGGCAGAGGUGUCUUCCAUGAAGUGCGAGCUACUCGAGGUGCUCAAGGAUAACGGCAUGGACAUAUCGAGCGCUGACGCCAAAGAGAAGACGAUCCUGGGCAAGAAGAUGCGCAUGUGGGAGCGGCGCCUGAUGAAGGACUUCCACCUGGCGCCGGUGGCCAACGAGGAUGAGAUCGAGUCCCUGAAGGAGCCGCCGCCGGAGAACGAGGACUCGCUGGCGCGCUUCCGACGCAUCGCCAAGCUCGCCGUCAUCAACUCCAGUGCCCACAAGUGGGGCGAGGUCAUCCGCGGCGCGUGCGAGACGUCGCAGAUCGGGCGCUGCAACAACCGGGAGUCGUUCAAGACGCAGCAGAACCUGCAGAAGGCGAUGGCGCAGGCGCGCAAGCUGGUGUCGUGCAGCCCCAUGGGCGGCGACUCGCGCUCCGUGACGCCCAUCCCGCUGCCCGAGACCACGGGCGCCUCCAUCAUGGAGCUGCUCAAGGACAUGACGCAGGAGGCCAGGGACCAGCUGGGCGCGUCGCCCUGCCAUCGGGGCAGCGGAGGCAGUGGUAGUGGUGGAAUGUUCCUGAAUGUCGGGGGCAGCAGUCAACAGGCAUCCAGAGGCACAACGCCGUUAUCUUUUCUGGUCAAGACACUGAAAGACGAACAAAAUGCCUCUUCCAUUCCACAGAGCACUAUUACAACCAACAAGGCAGAAGACAAAAAACAACAGAACGGUGUUUCGUGUGACAUGAAAGAGAAGAAACAGCAUCAACCAUCUGGGGCGAAAGAAAUAGCUGCAGCAACAUCGAUAGUUCCUACUGGCGGGACAAUUAAAAAACUUUCCCCUGAUGAGCGAGAGGGUCGGCCUUCAAAUAACGACCCGAGCCCUCUGAUGGCACCUAAAAGAACCAGUGGAGAGUCCCCGCCGAAAGUGAUCAAAAGGAAGGCCCCCGCACCAGGCUGUGCAGAGCGGGACGAUGCAGCAGCUACGGACAAGAAGACUGGGCCGCCCGCCCCGCCAGCCCAACAGACGGCCUCAGGGGUGCCCCAACCUCCACAGCAGACCUCCAACCUGCCCAAGUUCGAGGUGACGCUCUCGCAGUCGGUCAACAGCAGCCACGCCGGCGGCUCCGCUAUGGGCAGCACCGAGCAGCUGAUUGGGAGCCCGGGCGAGUCGCCGGCCCCGCUCAGGCCUGCCAACAGGAUAGAUGACGUGAAUACCAUCAAGAGGGUGCCGAAGGCAGGCUGGCUGUAAAUAUAACUGGAGAGGAUGUAGGAAGACAGCAGCAUUUCUGUGCUCAUCGCACAUGCUGAUGUCAGAAUAUGCUGAACAUAUUUUGCGAUUUGAAUACUCUGUAUAAAAACUUUAUCUUAGUACCGACUUCAAUGGAAGAAGAUCAUACACAUUCGUAAUAAACUAAUAAAUUUAAUACAGUUUAGCUUUCCAGGUGUUCUGUUGUUUAUUAUACUUUCUCUGAUUUUAACUUUCCUCAACUCAAUUUAUAAAUAUACCGGUACAUAUUAUAAUGUAUAGUUAAAAAAGGUUAUUGCAAAUACACUAUAGGUACUCAUAUUAUUAUUAUUAUUAUCAUAAACCUGCAAUGUGCUCGCUUCCAUCAUUAUAUGCCUGAUAAUAAUAUAUGUUAACACAGUUAAUAAACCCAGCAUAUUUGAUUUUGUAAGUCACUCAAAGCAGAUGCUUCUAGCUUCUAGGGAUACUGCUGACCUCCUUUAACUAACCCCAUCUUCUUUUUUCCUAUGUUCUGAUGCAAUAGACCCAUAACACUAUGUAGGGUCUUCCCUUUUCACUUUAGUAGUUCAGUUACACUGUAUUGUGUAACCUAUGACAUUUUCAUAAAAAAAUAAUUAAUUUUAAACUUUUGAUAUGUGUCCUAGAGAGUUCUAAAUCAAUAUGAGUAGUUUCUCCAGUUUCUGAAACUUAUUAACAACUGUAUAACUUUCGCUAUGGGUUCUGGAUAUUGGCAAUUGUUGUUGACCUACAGAAAGUCAUCAGUUAAUGUUUUUUGAUUAAAGAGAAGAUAUAUGCUGGUAAACAGAAAUACAUAAUAAGGCCAUAAUAAUUGCUUAGUUGUUUCUUGUUUAUUACAAAAUAUUUGCUUCUUCCAGUCAGAAAGUGCACAUUAAUAGUGUGUUUGAGAUGAUUGUAAAAUAAUGCUACUGAAAAUGUUAUUUUAGUUUUAUUGGUGUACUUGUUAUUUCACAAUGAAAAAUAUUUUGUGCAGGAAAUAACAGCUAAAAACUAUAAGAAAUCCUUUCAAGUGUGUGAUUAUAUACGGAGUAAGAUAAAUUUUGAAUAAUAAAUUAUAAUUAUUUUUUAUUUGUAUGUUCAGUACUUUCAAACUCUUCGUACCCCAUGCAAUAAAUUAUUCCAUUACCAAGAGUGUAUUGUAUCACUUUCAUAAGCCUCUCCAACUCAACUCCUUGCCACUCUAAAUCCAGCUCUUCCUCUGCAGCCUUCUACUCUUUUUGCUGUCAAUCAUUCCGACUAGCAAAUCUUUCUCCAGGAGUCGUGUUUCUUAAUGGGAUGUUUUCUAAAAUAACUUAUUAAAUCAUUUUUCAAACACACCAAAAUUUAAGGCCUGUAUUCCAAGACACAAUAUUAAGAGUUUAAUGUUGAAUAUGCUACACCUGUACCCUAACCAUAUUUCUAGUGCACAAUAGGACAUGGCCAGUCUUUUAUUUUUAGGGAACAGAUUUUGGUGUCUUAUCUGUUGCCAAUCUUUUGCCCAAAUUCCGUUUUUGCUACUGCCUGGAAUGCCAGGCUCCAUCGUUCAAACAUGUGUAUAAACAACUACCCUUUUUUAUUAAAUGUAAUUUACCGGAAAUAAUUAUCACCCGUACUUUAAAAAUACCACUUGUUUUUAAUUGUUCACUUUCAUUCUUACAUGAUGACCAACUACUAAAACGUAAAACCCUCUGAUGUUUAUGAAAGACGUUUAUAAUGGCAUAAACAUAUGAAACCAAGAUGGCGUCUUUCAGUUUACUAGCGUUUCGAAUAUUAUGCGCUUGGCAACACUGCUUAUUGUUGCUCUUUUAAUUUUCAAGACAAAUUAUAACCUAAGGCUGGGUUCACAAUUGAAAAAAUAACAGUAACAGUAACAGUAGGUCGUGUGCAUAGGAUAUGAACGCCAUGUUUCCUAACCUAACGAUUCACAACAGCAGAAAGUUGGUCGUGUGCACGGGAGCGAGGUCGUGCGCAUAGGAGUGAAAUGAAUAUAUUUUAUUUCGGUCGCGUACGCAUGGCACACCAGCCAAUGAGAGAAGAGCAAGGUGCUUUUUUGGCGAGACUAGAAAUAUGUUUAUAUUUAUUAACCAUAUUGUGGUAAGAAAAUUUCGAGAUAAUAAUAGUAUUAUCGUUAUUUUGAAAGUUAAUAUGUUUAUUUACUAACACUGCUAACAGAUGUCGCAUAGUUCGCGAAAUUUCAUUGGCUGAAAUUAACAGUAAGAAUUCAAUUGUGAACCGAUUUCGCAGUUCGCACAGGUCGUGUGCACAGGUCGUGUGCAUGGCUUGCUAUGCACUCGCUUAAUUUUUUUAAUUGUGAACCCAGCCUAACAAUACGGCAAAGAUGUUAACAUUCGCCAAACUUAAAAAAUAAAUUCAUUAAAAAUAAUAUUCAACAUUGAGUUCUUUAUUUAGUCAGAGAUUUAUUUUGAACUAUGUUUAUGAACGAGUAGCCUAUUGAAUUUACGUUAAUGUUUAUAAUAUGUAUUUUAUUUUUUGUGAUGUCUUUGUACUUUGUUCGUUUAAUACGUAUACGAAGUUGUUACGGGACGUAUGUAUACAUAACGUAAUUUAAUAAUAUAAAAAUUAGUAC